CCUAAUAUGGCGUGCAAUGCGAAUCUGGACAUGGAUUCGGCAACCCUGAGCUUUCUUCUCUGGCAAUCGACCUUGCCAAAGUAUACUUGGCGGAGUAUAUUAGCACAACCAGCGACGAAUUACAGUGAUGCUUCAGCACCCCAUACAUCCAAUUCCCACCGCUCGAGACUCCAUUUUCACAACGAUUUCCACCACAAUCGAUCAUUUCGAUCUACAAAAACACACCUUUUCGGCUACGCAAGCCACACUUAACUCCGAGACAACAAAAUCCUGGCGAAUUAAAACGCCAAAGAACAAACGUCGGAGAAUAAUCCGAACCCCCGCUGAGAUGAAAUCCCCGGGCAACGAAUAGGAUUCCAAAAAAAAAGAGAAAAAAAAAAGCAUUUUCUCAUCUAUCAUCAUACAACCCACCAUGCCAAAGGACCGGAAGCAGGCCGGUGCCAAACCCGCGGCCCGGGGGCAGUCUCAGGCACAUGCAGCAGCAGCAACGUCACAGUCAUUAUCGUCGCAACAAAGACAACAACAAGAGGCCCAACAGCCACCAGCAUGGCCCAUCUUCAAGCCCACACUGCCCGUAUCAGAUCUGUCCCUCGACACCAUAGUGCCGGGUAAAGUUGUUGUCAUGCACAACUUCUUCCCGCGUUCACUGUGCAGGGACUACGUAGCCUUCCUCAAGACCCUGCCCCUCGUCACGACUCCCGCCCGUCCCAAGAAGGGAGAGGCGGUCAGGCAGAACGACAGGUUCCAGGUCAACGACCCCGACUUUGCCGCUAGGCUCUGGCUGCAGACGGGAUUGAAGGAGGCGUUGACCGGUAGGCCUGGUGAUGAUUAUGAUGAUGAUGAUGACGAUACAGCUGACGGGCGCCUCGGUCUCUGGGGCGGUGAUGUAGUUGGACUAUCUCCAAACAUCCGUGUAUAUCGCUAUACCAAAGGUCAACAUUUUGCACCGCACUACGACGAUUCCAACACGUUGACCCUGGACCCUCCCCCCACCAGACCGCAAGAUGCCGGGACCAACAGUAGCACCAUCAGCAAGCCACCAUCUGUUGCCGUCAGAACUACCUGGACCCUGCUCCUCUAUCUGACAGGGACGGCAGGAGGCGAUGAUCAGUGCAGUGGCGGUGAGACCGUCUUCUACCCCAACGACCGCGUCAGCAGAAAGGAGGAGAUUGCUGUGGCGCCCCAAACAGGCCUCCUUCUCCUUCAUAAACACGGCAACGACUGCAUGUUGCACGAGGGAAGAGAAGUGACUAGUGGAGAGAAAUGGGUCAUCAGAAGCGAUUUAUGUGUCACAAAAUAAUGAGGUUUGAUGCAAAGUGCAAGCCUAUCUUCAUUGGCUAUUUCGUAUAUUAUUUACAUGACAGUGUCGAUAGGAUCCUCGUCGUAUUAUCCUUCCUUUUCUGCAGCUCAAGCCGCCAUAUCCCCAUUUUCGCUCCUCCUAGUAAUUAGGCGAGAAUCUCGAUCCAUCCAUUAUCUUAUUUUCCACCUAUCUUACAGCACCCCUGAUUACGUUUUCUU